AUGGCUGAAGCGCUUGUUUCCACAACCUUGGAGCAAAUAACCAAUAUUGGAGAGAUGAAAUUAAUCGUGGAUGCGAAUGAAUUACAAAAGCUCAAUGAAAACCUGGCGGGUAUUCGAGUUCUGCUUGAAGAUGCCGAGAAAAAACAAGUGGUGGACCGCAGCGUUAAUGAGUGGUUGAAUAAGCUUCAGGGCAUAUGCUAUGACAUUGACGAUGUGUUAGAUGAGUGGAACACGACAACAGCACGAAAAUUACAACUCAAGGAAGUUGAAAAUGCUUCCAACCUUUGGAGAAAGGUACGUUCCCAUGUCUUUUCUCAAAGCUUUGGUUCAAAGCAAGUAUUUCUGCGUCAAACUUCUGCUCUUAUUAGGAUAAAAGAAAUAAAUAAAGCUCUCGAUCAAAUUGUUAAGGAACAACAUGAUUUCAAUUUCCGUUUCACAAUGGGCACACAAGUAGAACAAGAAAUGAGUAGCCCUGUCAUCUAUUUACCGAAGGUUGUUGGAAAAGAUUAUGAUAAGACUGUUCUAGUAAACUAUUUGUUGAAUGAGAGUAGUCAGGUUUCAACCAUUCCGAUAGUUUCCAUCGUAGGGAUGAUAGGAAUCGAAAACACAACUCUGGCUCAAUUAGUUGUUAAUGAUGAUAAGGUGAAAGAUCGUUUCCAUAAUAUAAUAUGGGUGUCUGUCCUUAAAACUUUUGAUGAGAUUAUGGUUGCGAAAGCAAUUCUUACAUCUUUGAAAAAAGAUGUUGCACCAAAUCUAGAUAAUUUAAAAAAUUUGUUAGGAGAGAUUCGUCAAUGUGUUGAGUCAAAAAAGUUUCCUAAAACUUGGGAACUAUUUAAACAUGCUUUGUCUGGUUCUCAAGGGAGUGGCAUUUUGGUGACCACACCCACAAUUAAGAGUGCAAAAAUUAUGGGAACCACUAAGAUGAUCCUACUAGGAAAUGAAUGGCAAUCUUCAUUGUUAUUAUCUAGACAAACUCAGUUUCCUAGAUCAAAUAGUGAAGAUAAGAAGUUGGAUGUGGAAUUUUGGUCAUUACUUUGUAAAGUUGCGUUUUCCACUAUGACCUGUGAUGAGUCUGAACAUUUGAGUCUACGUUUUGAAAAUAUGCUGGGAAGCUGCAAUGGCCUUCCUUCUGUUGUCAUGAUUUUAGGAAGUCUAUUAAGCUUAAAAACGAAAAGUCAAGAAUGGGAAAGUGUCGAUAGAGAGCUAUCAGAAUUAGAAAAGAUAAAAAAUGAGUUUCCUAACCCUUUAUUGUUGAGUUACAUUGAGUUACCCUCCAAAUUAAAAAAAUGCUUUUCCUAUUGUGCCAUCUUUCCAAAAGAUUUUGUCAUAAAUAAAGAUAAUUUGAUUAGUUUAUGGAUGGCCCAAGGUUAUCUUAAGGUAUCAGGGAGGGCAGACCUAGAGUUAGUGGGUGAAGAGUAUUUUGCAAUCUUAGCUAUGCGUCAUUUCUUUCAUGAUUUCGAAAGAAGUGUUUAUGAUGGAAGCAUAAUGAGAUGCAAGAUGCCCCAUAUAGUGCACGACUUUGCUAAGUUUCUUAUGGGGAAAGAAUGUUUGAAUUUAAUAGAUGAUGGUCCUUCAAAAUCUCAGUUAGAGGUUCCUUCUGUAGAAGCUCGACAUGCAAUGGUACUAGCUGACAACAUUGACAUCUCUUAUACUUAUAGCAAGUUGCGUAGCCUUGUCGUAAAAAACAAAAAGAUUGGAGUUGAUUUAUCCAUAUUCGGUAAUGAGAAAGGUAGUUUUGAAUGUUUGGCAAAUCUGAAGCAGCUUAAAGGGUUUCUUAGUAUAACAGGUUUGGGAUAUGUGAGAGAUGGUGAGAUAAAGAAAGGAGAACUUGCAGAUUAUAAGAAUCUUUAUGGUUUAAGUCUAAGAUUUGAUGGGUGGACAAAUGAUGACGAUGAAGGACUUUUUAAAACCUUUGACCUACCUCCAAAUAUGGAGGAAUUAGUGAUACAGUGUUACACAGGCAAAACUAUGCCCUCAGAUUGGAUUAAUAAAUUAGGCAAGUUGCGGAUGUUAAAGCUAUUGUCUUGCUUUGAAUUUAAGGAUUUCUCUGAGUUAGGGAAACUAUCAUCACUUGAAUCUUUGAUUAUAUGCAAUAUGAAAAGUGUGAAAAAGGUGGAUAACGUACUUUUUGGAAAAGAUACUGAUGUGACUAGCUCAUCCACACCAAAUACCUCAAUUGCGUUUCCAAAAUUGAAGUAUCUCAAGUUAUGGAACAUGUUAGCGUGGGAGGAGUUAAAAUGGAGUCGGAGUAGUAAGAGUAAGAGUGUUAAAAUCAUGCCGUGUCUUCGUUACUUGGUUAUUGAUUCAUGCCCAAAAUUGAAGUCAUUGUCUCCUCUAGGAGAGUUACCCUCCCUGGAAUCACUCAUUAUAAAAAGACUGAAUGUGAAAAGACCAGGUAAUGAAUUUUUGGGAGCAGUAUCAUCUGCUUCUUCGACGGUGAAUAACUUUCCAGAGUUGAGAAAUCUUGAGUUUGAGGAUAUGAGAGAGUGGGAAGAAUGGGAUGUUAAAUGGGAGAAAAGAGUUAUGCCAAAUCUUCUUUCCUUGAAAUUUCAUUCAUGUCACAAUUUGGUGGCAUUGCCUGACGACCUUCUUCAAAGGCCAGCGCUGCAGAAAUUAGUUAUCAAUGAGUGCUCCUUUCUAGAAGAGAAGUACCUAAAGGAGACAGGAAAGGAUUGGUACAACGUCUCUCACAUCCCUUUCAUUCAAUUUCAUUCUCACAUAUAUGUGAAUGGAAUGCGUUUUUCCUUGUCCGAUGUACCAAAACUCGACCCUGAGCUUCUGCAUCCACCAGAUCAAGGUGCGGCAAAUUCCUCCGAUAGCCUCAGCAGUGACUUUACUUCUUAUGAAUUAUAUACCUCUUCCUUUUUCUUCUAA